AACUUUAUUAUAGUUGACUUGAGUGUCGGUCAAAAUUAUUAGCCAUAAAAAUGGAGGAUGAUUGGCAAACUCAAAAAUCGUGUAUACGUGAACGAGCUGAGGUGUUAUUUUCAACUAAGGAUCUAAGUGAUUGUGAAUUUUUAGUGGGAACUGACAAAGUAAAGAUACCUAGUCACAAAUUGUUUCUUGGAAUGGCGAGUCCAGUUUUCUAUGCAAUGUUUUAUGGAGAGAUGGCCGAAAAGAGCUCUAUUGAAAUCAAAGACAUCGAGCCUGAUGCAUUCAGAGGCAUGCUGCAGUACAUUUACUCAGACAAAGUGGACUUUGAGUCAUGUACACACGCCUGUACAGUCUACUCAGCCGCUAUGAAGUAUCUUCUGCCUUACCUUGAAGAAUAUUGCAUCAAAUACUUAAGAGAAAAUAUAACAGCCAACUCUGCCUGUGAACUGUACGAGUUUUCUUUAUUUCAUGAUAUUACCGACAUCAAGGAAAUGUGUUUGCAGGUUUUCCAAGACAACACUUCUGAGGUUUUGAAAAGUACCGGUUUCUUAGAGUGUGAAUUUUCCACAGUGUUAAAAAUAUUUGAACAGAAUAAACUGGAACUGGAUACAGAAUUACAGCUUUUUCAAGGGCUCCAGGAUUGGACAGAAGCAGAGGCUGCGAGACUUGGAGUGUCCGUUGAAUCCCUCGCCAUGUCUGUCACUGAGGCUCUCUCCAAGAUCAUGUUCCUGAUGAUGACAGCUGAAGAGUUCACCAGUGGUCCGGCUCUCUCCCCUCUACUCACAUCCGAGGAGAAACUCGCCAUUGCUAUGAACAUCACCAAACCUGGCGUGAUUGGGAUUCCAGAGCGUAUCAACAAGUCCACAGAGCCCCGUAGGCCACUGUCCCCCAUGCUGCCCCCUACAGUACCCCCCGUAGAGUGGAGUUUGGUCAGGGAAGUGUCAGACACCAUAGUCUACCCUAUCACUCGGUGGGUCAACCCCUUCCCUCGGAAAGGUCUCACUGUCUCUAGGAACAUCAGGUUGAAAGGAGUCAAGAUUGCUUCCCAGAGGGUUUCAACCAGCGGAGAGUGCAGCCUAACCUACAAGGAGAACGUAACGAUAGUUCUCAAGAAGGAUUGGGCCGUAAAGUUCUCUGGAGCUAAGUACAUGCUGGACACUCCGUACAACGACUCGUUCACUGUGCUGUUCACCAAACCUGUGCUGAUAGAGGUAGGCAAAAAGUAUUGGAUCAUCAUACAGUUUGACAAGAACGGCGACUACCAAUUCAUGAGAGACGUCAACAGUGUUUACAAUCUAAACAACAUCAGGGUCGAACUUUACGAAGAAUUCUCCCCAAUUACGGAGUACUUGUUUUGUGAUAAGCCCGAGGAGUAAUCAUAUUUAUUUACAUAGGUACAUUUAUUUUUUUUAAUAGUUGUACAGUCAUGGAUCCUAUAUUUUUACUGGUUAGUUGAUUUUGAUAUUGAUUUUGUGGAUUAAGUGUCACUUGAUUAUUGCCGUCCAAUUAAUUUUGAGUGUAGACCUUUUAUAACUUUGUUUGACUGUAUGUGAUUCAAUUUGACUAAAGUAGCUGGAUACCUAAAAUUGCCAUAUACAGGUAUUUAUAAAAACCGAAAUUUCAGGCUUCAACUAAUUUAUUGAACUCUCUUGAGUGUCUGUUUUACGAGUAAUUCUGUAAAAACACAAUUGAGUAAAACAAUCUGUAGUUUGAAAAUCAAAAUUAAAUUGACAUUAAAUUAAGUUAAAAACUAUAAUGUAAGGAAAAGCCAAUUGUACUGAAAAAUAUGAUUCCCUUCAACAAUUAUCUGGUGCUAAAAAACGGGCGGGGUUUGUAAGUAAGAACGGCUUUGUCGUAUGGAUCCGUAGUAUGCUUGUACACCGCAACGAGUCUCGUUGCCACUUACUGGCAUCAUUUGUGAACAGUAGGAUGCAAUUUGCAGCUCUGUAGCUUUACUGUGUGUUUUUAAGGUUUUUUUGGAUUAUCAAAUUCUCCCGCC